UGAAAGUGUGCGGCGCUUCAUAUGUCUAUAAUGGAUGGCCGUGUCGAAUUGUACGAAGAAGUAAAACUUUAUCGUACUGCACGCGAAAGAGAAAAGUAUGACAAUCUUGCUGAACUCUAUGCUGUUAUCAACACUAUACAAUGUUUACAAAAAGCAUAUAUUAAGGACUAUGUGGAAUCAAAAGAGUAUACUGCUGCCUGUUCAAAGCUUCUUGUCCAGUACAAAGCUGCAUUUAAACAAGUUCAAGGAGAUGAAUUUGCUACUGUAGAGGAUUUCAUGCGAAAAUAUAAAAUGGAUUGUCCAGCAGCUCUAGAGCGUAUUAAGGAGGGAAGACCGAUAACUAUCAAGGAUGAUAAACAGAAUAUAAAUAAAAGUAUUGCUGAUACUGUUUCUUUGUUUAUUACGAUUAUGGAUAAGCUGCGACUAGACAUUCGCGCAGUGGAUGAAAUCCAUCCAGAUCUUCGAGAAUUGUAUGAAACUCUUUAUCGGUUGAGUAUUCUACCUGCAGAUUUUGAGGGUAAAGACAGAGUGAAAGCCUGGCUAGACAAAAUGGAUCAAAUGCAAGCGUCUGAUGAAUUAUCUGAAGCUGAAGUACGACAGAUGCUUUUUGAUUUAGACUCUGGAUAUAAUGCCUUCAAUCGGACAUUGCAUUCUGGCCAGUGAAUACUCAACAAGAUAUAUAUAUAUAUAUAUAUAUAUAUAUAUAUAUAUAUAUACCUAAUAUGCUCUUCAAAAGGCUGAGAUUGUCGUUCUGGACUUAACUGGCUGGGCUAGGCGGAAAGCAGGACCAAUCAGAACUCUAGGCUGCUCGCACGUGUUUUACGCAUCCUUGGUCCGAUCAAUAAUUCACCGCCCUCUAAUCGGCGGCCCAAUAUAUAACAAAUAUACAAGGAUACCUUUAGUUUUUAUGGAAAUCAAUCUUCGUGAUGGAUGGCUUCAAUAUCAUUGUAAAUUGAUUAAAGUUGUUUGUGCAACCCGUUGGUGAUAAUACUUUCAAAUACAACAAACGAGAACGAAGAUCAAUUUUUAGUCCUCAUAUUGAUUUACGAGACAUCCUUAUGAUCAUUGUUUAUUAGUUGUUUUUAGUUACUUUGUUCUCAACACAUUUCUCUUAUAUUGGUUAUCUCACUAUGAUUUUGUAUUUAGUAACAACCAUUCAGUUAAUAAAUCUUGGUAGUUAGUAAUCAUCGAAUUGGCUUGAACGUAAGCUGAAUCUUUUUUGGUCUUGUCCAAUAAAUCUUAACAAGUUUAUUCGUUUGUAGUGGCUAGAGGAGUAGAGGCGUUUGUUGAGACGUCUUUGAGAAGCACGAUGAGGCCUCCAGAGGCUCUAAAGAAGCCGAAGUGUUUCCAUCCAAUCAGAGCUUUCUAGAUUAUCAACGUGACAUGCUACUAUUAGACGGUAGUAUAAAUUACCACCUUGCUGAUUGGCUGAAUUAUAAUAAUGUCAUAGCCAACCCUAAUAAUUAUACAU